UCAGAGAGUGGAGGAGAGAGAGGGAGCUGGUGUCUUCUCUGUGAGCAUUUACAUCAGCUACGUUUCAGAAGAAUCCCUGCCACCACAGCCUUGCAGUCAUCCAGAGAGCAGGAUGCUCAAGGCAGAUGAAGGGAUGGGAAGAGAGACUGCUCUACACGAUGGGAAGUGCCUCAGCAGCAUUCGCAAGGUACAGUGUUUGAAUUCCAGCAUGAAGCUCAGCCAUGGGAGCAAAGUCAUUUCCAUCCUCAAAGACAGAGGCAGCAGCAGCAGCAGCAGCAGCAGGCAGCUGCAUCAGGGAAAUAUUCUGGUUCAGUGCGGCAUGUGACUGAUGGGCAGCUAGAAAGUUUCAGAACCUUCCAACGAUCCUCGCAUCAUCCUCUGGACCUACAAUAUAACAUCUGCUCUAAUUUUCAAACCUCUGGUUUUCUGACCACACUCCCUGGCCUUAAAGGAUGGGUGAUGGGCCUGUAACUGACCGCACCCACCUACCCCAUCCUACCCUUCAAUGGAGCCAACGUGGAACUCCUCCCACACGUCUCCACAGCCAACAUCCAACCUGUCUGCCUCAUCUCUGCCUGAAGGCUGGGCCUUGUCCCAGGCACUAGCUCUGCUAGCAAUGCUGCUAAUGGAUCUGCUGGCUGUGGUGGGCAAUGUGGCUGUCAUGGCUGUGAUCGCCAAGGCCCCACAGCUCCACAAGUUUGCCUUUGUCUUCCACCUGUGCAUGGUGGACCUCAUGGCAGCUCUGGUGCUGAUGCCCCUCGGCAUGCUGUCGAGCCGGGCCUUCUUUGGGGAGGCUCUUUGCCGGAGCUAUGUCUUUCUUAGUGUGUGCCUAGUCAGCGCUGCCAUUCUCUCCAUCUCCGUCAUCAACGUGGAGCGAUACUACUACAUCAUACAUCCCAUGCGUUAUGAAGUGAAGAUGACUGUUGGUCUGGUGGCUUCAGUAUUGGUGGGGAUAUGGGUCAAAGCUCUGGCCAUGUCUGCUCUUCCACUGCUUGCUUGGUUCCUGCAAGGUGGAAGGACUCCUCUUUUGGAAAGUGGCGGGGUUGGGGGAGGUGGUGGAGGGGCCAUUCCACCUCCCCCUGCGGCUCAGGGUCAUAGGCGCUGCUCCCUUCACUGGACUGGAGGAGGGUCAAACCGCCUAGCCUUCAUGGUCCUGUUCACUCUGGUGUAUUUCCUCUGUCCGCUGUUGGUUAUUCUGGUUGUUUACUGCAACAUGUUCAAAGUUGCUCGGGUGGCAGCCAUGCACCAUGGUCCGCUUCCCACUUGGAUGGACACGCCGCGACGGCAGCGGUCAGAGUCGCUCAGCAGCAGGUCUACAAUGGUCACCAGCUCUGGGACAGGCACUGGCACGGACAGAACAACUCCACAUCGACCCUUUGGGGGAGGAAAAGCUGCGGCCGUUUUGGCAGCUGUAGGUGGACAGUUCCUCUGCUGCUGGUUGCCCUACUUCACUUUCCACCUGUACUCAGCACUAGCUGCCAGUCCACCCGCUGCGCUAGCCUCUCUGGAGGAGGUGGUGACCUGGAUCGGCUACUUCUGCUUCACUUCCAACCCCUUCUUCUACGGCUGCCUGAACAGACAGAUCCGUGAUGAGCUAGGCAAGCAUCUGCCUUGCCUCUUUCGCAGAACAGGCGUCGAAAUGGAGGACAGACUGCCAAGCCGUGACGGUUCCAUAGAGGAGAAUUUUCUUCAGUUUCUUCAGGGCACUGCCUGUAACCUGGAUCCUCAAAACUCUCAAAGCACUUCAAGUCCUAAAGUGGGAGAGGCCUGCUGCCCUGUUGCUCAGUGCCAAUCAACUGAGAUAGCACAACCCAUUCCCAUUGAUUUUCGCAUCCCUGGACAAAUUGCAGAGGACACUUCAGAGUUUAUUGAGAUUGAACAGGCAAAAAACAACCACAUAUUUACAGACAAUUAAAUCUUUGUUGCUGUCGAUCAAAACUGCAGAUAUGAAAGUGUUUCAGGAAAUUCUCCCUUUUCUACUUUUGUUUAAGAUGGAUGUUAGUUUGACCCUGCAGGUUUUAACCAUGUUUUUCAGCUUAUAGUGACGAGUUGAUGGUGCCUUGCGAAACUAUAAAUACCUAUUUAACUUUUGGACAUUUCCUUGCGUUACAACUACAAUAUUUAUACAUAAUUUAUCACAAUAACCCUAGAAAAUAGAUUGUGGAGUGGAGGGAAAAGGGUAUAAAUGGAUAUAAGUUUCUGUCCUUCUUUUCUCUGCCUAAAAUAACCUAAUUACAUUUUUUUUUUAAACUGAGUUUACCCCCAGAGUUUAAUUAGAUUUUUUUCCCCGUUAUAAAUCCAACUUUUCUGAGAAGGUCUGUUGGAGAAUAAACAGCAUCAUUAGAACAAAUAAAAACAGCAGAUAUAUCAGGGAACCAGUGGUGAAGAAGUUCAAGGCAGGGGUUUACAUGAAGAACUAUUCAAUCAACCAUCCACAAAUGGAAAGAGCAAGAGCAGGAAACUGGAACCAGUGGUUGCAGAGCCCUGGUUUAAACCGACAGGCGGAAGGAAUAGAACGCGGUACCUCUUGAAAGGGUACAGUAAUGCAAAGGUGGAGUCAGAGGAUGUGCUGACAUGGAAACUCUUCGUUGUUCAAUUAAAAAAACAUACAAAAUCCAUGGCAGAGGUGAAAAGAAAGCCAAUAGAGAUAAUUCAUGUUUGCCACAAGCUGUGUGAAGAAGGUGUUCUAAUCAAAUCAAAAUAUCACUUUUUUUGGCUAAUAUGCAUCAGAAAUGUACACAGAACAAUUAACAUUUCUCUCACUCUGAAUACACCACCCACAGAGGGAAACACAGCAGUGCAAGUAUCAUAUUGUGACAAUAUUUCUCCUUAGCUGGGUCAGCUGCAAACAACUUGGCUUUCAGCAGGCGCACAAUCAAAAAUGUUCAGUCAGAGCUAAAAAAGGGGUUUUGAUCAGUGGUUCCCAUACUUCAUUCUACACCCUUCCAAAUAUUAUAUCCUGGCCUGAGAAUCCCACUUGUAAAUUUACAGACAAUGCCACGAAAUAUGUAUAGAAAAUUUAUUUUAAAUUUUUGUUUUUAUUAUCUUUAUUCCCUAUUAAUUUAUAAUGAUGUUCGUUUAGCAUAUAUAAUAUUAUCUAUUUGUACAAAUCUGUAUUAUAUUCCAAGUGAAUGAACUUGUUGAUGAGAACAGAACAAAAGCAAUCAAACCUUUCUAAGUGUGUGUGUGUGGGAGGCCUGAGCUUCAUCUAUUUCAUAUGCAUAUCGUUGUCCAAAUGUAAACAUGCCCUGUGUUUUGUUUUGAGUACUCUAAAGUUUAAAAGCCAGAUUCAGACAAGUAGCUGUUAAAAAGGGAAAAAGACAUUUCAGUGCCCUAUCUGCCUUAGUGGGAUGGUCCUUCAUGGUAUAGUUAGACCAAGGAAACUUGAUCAAAAAACACAUAGUUUUUAUAGGUUAAUUUGAUAUAUAUAUGGUCUACAAUAUUUUUAUAAUAAUGAUUUAAAACAUAUUCUUCAUAAUAAUGAAAAUGUAUAUUUAGUUUUGGCACUUUUGUUUAUUUUUCUGCAAUUUCCUGAGGCAGACCCUAUUGCUCCCUCCUGGGGGGUCGUCCCCAGCUAACCUCAGCAGGGCAACAGGGAUCUAAACCACUUUAAAAGCCACUGGCAUAUUAAACCUUAGUCAAAGACCAGAACUAUUCAAUAGAGGCCUAAAACUGGACACACAAAACUACAUGUCGUACUUGGAGUUGUGGUUUAAAAAGUUUUUUUUACCUAAAUGAGCUGAAUAAAAUGUGGGUCAGAAACAUGUAUUGUUUCCCUUCCACCUCACAUGACACAUUGUUUUUGCUGUUCUGUCACAUAAAAGUCCCUUGAUCAUAUUGUUGUUACCCGGCAGAAUGUGAAACCUUUUUAAGACGUCGUGAGGUAUUCCGCUUUCAACUGCUCCAUGUCAAAAUUCCUUAUCAAGUAAGUUUUAAAAAAUAAAUCUGCGUUUUGUCAUUUAAUCACUCAGCUCAGUAUAAAUAAAAAACUUCACAACAAAAAGAAUAAAUAAAUUCAGUUAUUAAUUGAGACAGCUUAUUAGUGAAUUUACUCAUGAUGGAGGCUUCCAAAUAAGAUUUGAAUUGUUUAAUUAUGAUUUUUUAGAGAACAGUUUUUUUCAUUUCAUUAUUGUCAGUUAAUUAUGUUGCUUAAUUCAAUAUUCAGUCCAUCAAGUUUUGUAAAAAUAAUGAACAAACCAACCUCCAAAUAAACACAUUUUAAAGUCUACUUAGGUACUCGUUAACAUAAAAGCUUUCUUUCUAAUUGUGCAAAUAAAAAAAAAGAACAGCAAUAAAACAUUAAAUCUAUGACAGACCAUUCAGCUUUCAUCCAUUAAGUGACAACAUCAGUCCUUUAAGCCAUGAUGGUCUCAUUUUAAACAUAAGUAGCACAGAUAUUACAGUAUUAUUUUAAAAAUAGGCUCUCAGAAAGCUGGUGAGAAUUAAAGUGACUCAUUUUAGAUUAAAAGAUAACUUACCUUCAGGGUUAUUAAACUCUCUGCCAUAUGGUGUAUUUUCUGGGAAAGGACUUUUUAAUACCAUCUGGAGAAACUGCAUCACAUUCAAAAAGUGUUCUGUUUCCUGCAUUGUUUAAUGUGAUAUACUGUGUUUUGUUUUUGUACGACUGUAGCUUUAAGUUGUUUAUGACACUCAGUGAGUGCAAUUUUUCUAUAUUGUGAAUCUCAGCUAUCAUGAUGAGCAGGAUGAUUUAGUUUGUUUUUGUUUGGACAUGUAAACAGAACUUGUUUCUAUGUUAUUACCUGUGGUCAUUCUUAUCAGAGUGAAAAAUAUGUGCUCCUUUGACUGCAGGGCCCUCAUGGUACCUCUCCAAGAAAAGAGCAUUUGGAUGUUUACUGUGGUCUGUCAGGUGUUAUUUCUGCACACUAAUGCUUUUUAAAAGUUUUAUUAGGACUAUGGCUUUCAGUCUAUAAGUUUCUCAACCUGUGUUGAACUGGAAUUAAGGAUCUAUUUGACCAAACAUAUGUGGAUGUGACUGAUCAUCUUUCUUACACACAUGCUGUGGAAACAGGGUUUAUAUAGUACCUUCUUAAGGGGUAUUUUUAGAAACAAAGGCAGUCAAAAUCCCAAAACUUGUUAAGCUUGAUGCUUUGUUUUCACCAUGCCUAAAGCAUACCCCAAACUGUGAACGAUGUCGUUUAAGGUUUGCUUCUGUUCAGAGAUCAUUUCUAUGCUGUGACAAAGAAGAAAGGAGAAUAACUUCCACUGUUUUUGGGAUUGUGUGGAUAUUUUCAGGGGAAAAGGCCAAAGUUUGAGUGGAAGAAAGUGUUGUAAUAAAGACUUUAUAUGUUUGUACAACAUUUUGGCUUCCCUCUUAUUAUUGCCUCCUUGCUCCACAAACUGACUGUUUUUUCAGAAUGAAUAGAAGAUGUUCCACAAUUAGAGAUACGUCUGU